AGCUUUAGUUAUAAUUAUUCUACCCUUAUUUGCUUAUGUCUGCCAAAAACGUCCAAGGUUUCCGGAGAGUGGCAUUAAGCUAAACAGCACUUAGUUUGUACAACGCAGCUGUACUUCCAGUGAACUUUUACGCCCUAAGGUGGCCCCUCAGUCUAGUACUGACUUAGAACCAAGAACACACGCACGCACGCACUCACACAGUCCCGGCUCGAGAUUGAUAUGAACAGAGACACACGGUACGCGAGAUUAGACUAGAGCGGGGCUAGAGGUCUAGAUGAUUGGUAAGACCGUUCAAAAUUACAACAGAUUUGCGUAGGCUGACCAAUGGGACUCGCGUGACGACUAUUCGGACCGGUCAGGAUUAUGACUAAUCAGAUUUCUGAAUGUUUGCCACUCCCACUGGAACAAUGGAGCCUCAGAGUGUAACUGACAGUUAGAGAAGCCCAUGAAAUGGAAUGCAAAUUUUUUAGAUAGUGUAGGAUUUGGAUAGAAAUCUAUCAGAAUGUUCGAGGAAGAGUUGGAGAUAGCACUGAAGGUGAUCGUGGUUGGGAAUGGUGGCGUCGGAAAGACGUCGAUGGUGCAGCGAUACUGCAAAGGAAUCUAUACCAAGGAUUAUAAGAAAACGAUUGGAGUGGAUUUUUUAGAGCGACAAAUCGAAAUUGACGGUGAAGACAUUCGAAUCAUGCUAUGGGACACAGCAGGUCAGGAGGAGUUUGACGCCAUUACGAAGGCGUAUUACCGAGGAGCUCAGGCGUGUGUGCUGACGUUCAGCACCACGGAUCGGGCCUCAUUCGAAGCGAUUCGCGACUGGAAAGUGAAGGUGGAAAAUGAGUGCAGCGAAGUUCCGACGGUGAUGGUGCAGAAUAAAAUUGACCUCAUGGACAAGGCGGUCGUGUCGUUCGAUGAGGCCGAAGCGUUAGCACAAUCGCUUGGCUGUCGGCUCAUUCGGACCUCCGUGAAGGAGGACGUCAAUGUGGCCAGCGUAUUUCGCUAUCUCGCGAACAAGUGCCACCAGCAGAUGAAGCAGCAGUACAGUGCGGCGAUGCCUAUUACGCAACCGACAAUCAGCGCAUUUAGUCCCACUUUCCAGUCAAAAGCUGCCAACAAUACCAUACAACUGACGAGGCCAUCCGUUAAGCGGAAACCACUGCAGAAGCGAUGUGGCAUCUUUUAGGAGCAAAAACAAUCACUGUAGCCAGAGUUAAUAACAGUUAAGAUGAUAUCAAGAUGAUAAUAGCUUUGUUUAUUCGCCGGGAAGCUAGCUUUUCACCUUUGCUUUCGAAAGGCAUCUGCGCUUGUUAAUCGUUAUCAUACGGACUGCCCCGGUAUUUUCUGAAAAUUGUUAAUAGUUCUCACGUAUUUAAUAAAAUGUAUUUUGUUUUAAUUUUAUAAAUCGCCCCAACAUGACUUACGUUUAAUCUUAGUUAGGAUUCAUAAAAAAUUGUGCCGCUCAACAGAAGUUGACAAUCAAGUCAUUUCAAGAACUGACAAAAGUGAUGUAAAGGUGACUUUCCAAUCAGCUCAGAUACAGAAAGACAGGACAGGUAGUCUUAGAUUCUAGUGUUCGCUGCAAUAGUUUUAACUAUUGCAUUAGUGGGAAACCAUGCCCAGCUCAGUAGGAAAAUACUCUCUGCAACGAAUUCCAUUGCCGUUAACAAUUUGAACGAUUCAAGCAUCUAUAAUUAAAUCAAAUCAAAUAAUCGUCCAUUGUGAAAUUUGCAAGCCUAUUACCAAUGAAAUGAAAGCGAAAAACGCGCUCUAUCUUUUUACCUUCAGCUAUUAAUUAUUAGCGUUCCCUACAAGUCAUUGAAUGCAUGUGUUACAUGUGGCCACUUAUAAAAAAGAGGGUGUAAAGAGAUGGUGAAAAACUCCGACUAAAAUGGUUUCAGUCAGGGAAAACUUUACAAAAUAUAGCAGUAGAGUAAGCCGGAACAAAAGGAGAGGAAAAAAAUCUUGUGAAUAAUGCCAAUAACGACGUUAAUAAAAAGAGGAAAAAAUUCCGACAUUCGAAAGAAA